AUGGAGGACGAUUUAGAGCAUAAGUUGGAAGAGCAGAAACGGAGCAAAUUUUCCGAUGGAGGUGGUGGAACCACACCGGAAGAUUUCGCUGCCGAGGGUAGUUCCGAUAAAGGUGUACUUCGAGAGUUCCUUAGCUUAGGAUCUUUCUACGGACUGCGAUAUGUGUUCAGCGCGGAACUUAAGCUGGUGGAAAGGCUUUUUUGGCUGGUUGUCGUGCUGCUGAGUUGUGCGUUCUUCGUUAUUGGACUGUUGCUAUGCUACAAAAGAUACGAGAUGUAUCUGGUUCAAAUUGACCCCAAAGAACAGCCAUCGCCCAUUUGGAGCAUUCCUUUCCCAGCCGUUACCUUGUGUGCCCAGUUGAAGGAUCAACUUCCGGAAGAUAAGAAAGGGCCCUGUCUAAGUCAGAUUGUCGCGCUGGAAAAGUUUUGUGAACAGGUUUGCUGGCAGAAUCAGUGCGACAGCUGUAAAACACUUUUUACGGAGACACAAACGGAGAAUGGAAUCUGCUACACGUUUAACAACUUGGCGGCUCAGGAUUUGUUCAUCAAGGAAGCAUUGGCACGUAGCCCAACAUAUUCAACAGCAUCAAAAUCAGCGGAAAAUUGGAGCCCCGAAGAUGGUUACGUAAACUAUGGCGUCUUUCUGAAAUACUACCCUCGACCGGCGAUAGACCUUUCGGAACGCUACCACCUACGGUUGAAGCUAAAACACAAUAACUCCUGGGUAGAUCACAGCUGCGGUUCGACGAAUGUCGUAACAGCUUUUUUGCAUAAUCCGGUUGAUUUCCCUUAUAAAGCUAGGAAAAGUAUUUCCAUUGCUGGAGGAUCGGCCAUUGAGUUGAAGGUCAAGCCAAGUGAUACGACGACUCCAUUUUUCAUGAACUUUUACUGCCCUGAAAGACUCCAAUGCUACUUCCAAGAACAACGGCAGCUGGAGUUCUUUCGGGUGUACAGCCAGGCGAACUGUGAGCUAGAAUGUCGCACCAAGUACUUCCUGGCUAAGAAAAAGUGCGUUCUGGCUCACAUGCCUCGAGGACCUUCCACCAAAUUGUGUAACAACAGCUAUCAAUCUGAGGAUCCAUUGGACAAGGAAGCUCUGUUGCUAGCACGAAUUAAUCGGUUUCCAAUGUCUCGAUACUUCAUCAACACGUGUAAUUGUUUGCCAGCUUGUAAUGAAAUUCGUUACAAUAGUCAAGCAACGCAACUUCCGCUUCCGGAUGGAUUUAGAUUUCCAAAUCAUUCCGAAUUGAUGGUGCGUUAUGAGGAGGAUCAUUUUUACGGAUCAACGCGGACACUUCGCUACGCUCUGGUGGAUUUGAUUGCUAAUAUUGGAGGACUUUUAGCGCUAUUCCUCGGAAUAUCUGUACUGACAGUUGUCGAAUUUUUGUACUACUGCCUUCUGAAACCCUUGCUAAGAUAG